UCAGAGUUGGUCUCUGCCAAUAUUUAUAAAGCCUCAUGCUGCUAUAUCUGGACUUUAGUAUGAUGGCUUUUCAGGUCCUACUGGGGGGUGUUCCUGUCAAAGGUUCAGUACCUCAACACCAGAGCAGCAGUGGCACCAAUGCAGGGGGUAACGUUGCCUCUUACAGAAGAGUAUCUGCUGGCCACACUGUACCUGUGUCCCACAGUGCUCCUGCAGGUGUUCUCAAACAAGAUCCCAGACCAUCCCAAUUUUUGCAGUCAGAGCUGGUGUUUGUCGGUGUGAGCUCCAUGCCUGAAGCAGGACAUACUACUAAUGCUGGUUCUGUUCCUGUUCAAGCAGCACAUGUUGGUUCUUAUAUUCCUGUUCCAGUUGGGUAUUAUGGGGCAGGUUCCUAUAUGCCAGGAUAUGAUGCUGGCUCUCAACAGGCUGGAGCUGCUCAGCCUCCAGUCCCAGAAGCAAAGUGGACCAUUGCUCCUCAGUCCUUUGAGGAAGCAUCAACCAACACUCAGGCCCAGGAUCCUGGUGCCCUUCUCCCACCUCCAGGACCUGCCCUGCAGUCUGGAGAAACUUCCAAUGUUGUGAAGGAAGCUGAACUUGGGAACUACCAGCAACAAACGGAGUACUUUGGCUACCCGGUUGACCAUAUGGGGCCUGGCCAGGGUUUUCCACUAGCGACACAGAGUCUUGGUGUGGGUGGCUUGUGGGGUUAUCCUUCUCCCUACCCUCUUCCUUACCCAUUUCCCUACCCUGAUUUUGACUACAGGCUCCUGUAUGGUCUGUAUCCUCCUGGCACCUACACGACCUUUAGCAGAGAGCAUGAGAAGGGUACAGACUACUUUCAGGACAUUCACUAUCUGAAGGAAUAUGGUUCCAAUGCUCCACAGACACCACAGCACCCUGGAUCUGGACAGCAGAAGGUGUUCCCUGGCACAACCUAGAGACCUGGAGGGAGAACACUUAUGUUAAUACAUGUACCUGCAGAUUCACUAUGUCUUGGCACUUGGCCUAAUGUGUUGUCAUCUUUAGGUGAAGUGCACAUGCCUUGGUGGUGGAAUGUUUCAGGGUUUUAAUUAAUAAAAUCAUUGACACUG